CUGAUAAGAGAUCAUACUGCAUGCUGCGUUGCGGCAUUCGCUAGUAACCUGGGGAUUUGUUCUAUAACCCGAGCAGAAUUGAGAGGAGCUGUAGAAGGGUUUCAGUUGGCCUUCGAUCGAGGCUAUCAUCGGGUCCAUGUCGAGCUGGAUUCUAAGUGCGCCGUUCAGCUUCUUCACAGCCCGAACAGAGAUCAUAUCAUGUUGCUAUUAUAUAUAUUGAUCGAUUCGAGAAGUUAUUUUCUCGAAACUGGGAAGUCUCGUGUUACCAUAUUUAUAGAGAGGGCAACAAGGGUGCCGACUAUCUUGCUAGUAGAGGGCAUUGCCUCCCGUUGGGUUUUCACCUUGUUCAUGUUUCUGACCCUAGUUUAUACCACUUUCUCAUGUAUGACUGUCAAGGCCUUUCCGAACUUCAUAGUGUUAUGA